AUGUAAUUUUAUUAAAAUUUAUAUGAUGAAAAUCCUUAUUUUAACAGAUUCUUUUAGGAACACUUUCUGUAUUAGGGAUUCAACAUUUAAUUAAAUGAUUUGCCUCAUAUCAAAACCUAAUUUAAUUUAACAAAUAAGGAGAAUCUAAAUUUGACUUGGAAACAUAAACAAGAUAAUUAAAAAUUAGUUUAUAGGGCAAACAAUUAGUGUACAAAUACAAUUAUAAAAUCAUAGUCAAAGGAUUAAUAAGUAUAUGAUAAUGUCAUAUUUUAGUAAAUCUAAUACUAAUUUCAUUUAAUCAAUAGAUCUAAUAGAUAUAGUAUCUUACUUGCUUUAAAAUAUAAUUAUGAAAAGGAUCUAUUAACUAAACACACAUUCACUCCUUUAAUAUAAAUCAAUUAAAAUAUAGAAACCAACUCAAAUGUAGAUUUUGGAUUGAAAUAUCAUUAUUUGAAUAAAAAAGAAAAUGUUCAUGUCAGAUUUAAUAUAUUUUCAUCUUUGUCAAAUAGAUAAAAUAUAGAAUAUUGUUUAAUAGGCAAUUUUAUGUAACCAUAUAAAUUAUAGAUUGGAUUAUAAAACAGUAGAACAUGGUUAGGUUUCAUAUAUAAAGCUAAGAUUAUAAAUAUGUAUAGUCUUGCAUCUUAUAAUAUAAAUAAUAAAAAAUAUGAUGUGAGUUCAUAUUUUUAAUUUAAUAAAAUUGAAAAUAGAUUGAAUAACAAAUUGAAAUUUUUGAUAGGUAUUUCAACAGAAAAAGAGAUACUUGGUAUUAUUGAUUUUAUAACAAAAAUGGGGAAAUUGGGAUAUUGUCUAAAAUGGCAACACGUAAAAGGUAUGAGUAUUGGAUAUAAUGUUGAAAUAUGA